GAAGAGAUGGGCGGAUACAUGCGGCUUUUAGCGUCUCUCUUUAAAUGCGAUUUGUAGGGCUUUAAACCUUAUGCAGCGGUGUACUUCCUUUAUAUUCCUUCUGCAUUUUGCUAUUUAUACAGUUGGAUUUCAGUUCGAACGGAGCUAAUCAUACAACAAGGCAUCAUGGGAAGAGGGAAGAAAAUGUCCAAACCCGGCGACGGAAGGAGCGGGGACGUCUCGGAUACCGGCAGGAACGGCGGCACCAAUGAAAAUCAUCCAAAAACGAACGGGGAGGUGGUUCAUUGUGGGCAGGCCAAAAUCUACUCUUAUAUGAGCCCAACUAAAUCUCCCAGUGCCCGCCCUCCCCUGCAAGAAGAAAACUCUGUUACGCACCAUGAGAGCAAGUGUCUGGGGAAACCCUCAACAGAGACUCGCAAAAAAGCAGAGGUUGAGAAAAAGAAAAUAUUGUCAACAGAACUGUCGGUGAAACCCAGUGAGCAAAGGGAGACUGAAUGCAAUUCUAUAGGAGAGUUUCUUGAGCCAAAACUAGAGCUGAAUGAUGUACAGAGAAACCUAGCAUUGCCACCUGAAGACAAGCUGCAAUCUCAAAAGAUGGUUAAAAACAAACCUCUAAGAAAGAAGACUCAAAGGCAGAAAUCUCCAAAUAGAAAACUUACUGAUUAUUACCCUGUGAGAAGAAGCAGCAGGAAGAAUAAAACAGAAAUUGAGUCAGAGGAGAAGAAGAGAAUAGAUGAACUAAUUCAGACUGGCAAAGAAGAAGGGAUAAAGAUGCACAUGAUUACUGGGAAAGGGCGAGGUGUAAUUGCAACUCGGGACUUCCAGCGAGGAGAGUUUGUUGUAGAAUACCAUGGAGAUCUGAUAGAGAUCACGGAUGCCAAAAGGAGAGAAGCAUCAUAUGCACAGGAUUCAGCUACUGGCUGCUAUAUGUACUAUUUUCAGUAUUUGAACACAAGCUACUGCAUCGAUGCCACAAGAGAGACUGGCCGUUUAGGGAGGCUGAUCAACCACAGCAAGUCUGGAAACUGUCACACCAAACUGCACAACAUCAACAAUGUACCUCACCUUAUACUUGUUGCAUCGCGGGAUAUCAACGUUGGAGAGGAAUUGCUGUAUGACUAUGGUGAUAGAAGAAAAUCUUCCAUUGAUGCACAUCCUUGGCUUAAAAACUGACCUGCAGAUGGACAUGGCUGAUUUUACAAUAUGACUUUGUGAUCUGCUUCUGUUCUGGUUUUUUAAUUCCCUUUUACAUUUAAUAUGAGUAUGAUAUGGAUUUAAAUGCAUUAUGUCUUUACCAAAAGUUUUAUACCUAGUUUUUGUAUGUUUGCAUAGAGGUAAUGUAGUGCUUCCAAAGCAUGCUGGUUUUUCCCUCUUUUAAAUGUGUAUGCAUAGGAGCAGGAGAAAACUGGUUACAUAAUGUGUUCUAAAUGUCUGAUUGCAGAUGAGUGAAAGGCUAAUUCUUAAGUAGAAGUACAUUUGGAACACUCACUAAUAUAACCAAAGUAAAUGUAGGCUUGGAAUUUAUCCUUAUACUUUUGUAAACAAAACAUGAAUUUCACGCAAGAAAUUGAGCCAGUGUAAACCUUUAAUUCUUGCUUUCUAUAUGUUUGCAUCUGUUAGGGUUAAAUAGUGUUCCCAUCAGGGUGGUAACUACCUGCAGCAUGCAUUUGCCUUUACUAUACACCAAUCCUUGUUUGCACCCAUGCUUCCCAACAUUCCAUUACAAAGACACAGGACAAACUUCACUUGUGGAUAUUCUGGGAUUUAUAGUUUAGCCAUAUUUGGGAGCCACAAGUAGAAGAUAUAUUUUUAUAAGUAGGUCUGUCAUUUAGAGAGACUUUUUUUUUUAUAAUGUCUCUUGUUGUUAGGGGCAGUAUAUCAAGUGCUUUGUGAUGGAAAUAGUGUUUUUUUUUUUUUACCAGCAGCUGACCUCUCCUCUGUUUUGAAGGGGAUAGAUGUGAAAAGGAACUUAAAAAUGAUUGUGUAAAUAGAGGAAAAAUGCCAUAUUAAGCUUCCAUUUGUUCCCCCACGUUUAGUUAUUGAAGCCACAUUUUAAAUAAUAAACUUCUGUGGGCUGGUGCUUAAGUAACAGUAACACAUGGGCAGACCCCUUUUUAGUAUAAAUUUUACAAUAGGGCUUGACAUGAGAAUAAAUGUAUGUUGUCUCUGCACGGAUUCUCAAUGGGUUUGCUGCAAAUUUAUGUUGGCUGUUACUGUAAGAUCAUUGCUAUAGAAUUUUAAAGCAGUAGGUGUAAAAUACAUCAUGAUAUAUCUUUUUAUACUGAAAAAAAAAAGACUGUGGAAUAAAAAAAAAUAUUUAUUACUAAAA